AUGGUGACCACGACGAGUCUUCUCAUCCCCCUGCUAGCCCUCCUCAGCAACUUGGACGCGACCAUCGCCUCCCCACCAUUGUCAGAGUACGCUCCCACGUGCCCCCAGAUCUCAGCCGAUCCCAUCCCGGUCCAACAAAUCCCGUCCCAUUUCCCGCCCCGAGCCGUCAUCGACGUCUCCGCCACGGAAACGAUCAAGCGCACCCUCGCCACGUACGCGCUCGCGGUCGACGGGAAGGACUGGGCGGCCCUCGGCGCCGUCUUCGCCGCCGACGCGGUGGCCAACUACUCGGCGCCUCUCGGCGUCCUGACGGGCCUCUCGGCCAUCCGAUCCACGCUGUCCGCCAGCCUCGCGCAGUUCGCCGGGACGCAGCAUAGCUUGGGGACGCAGAUUGUCGACGUCUGCGCCUCUGGCGUGGCUGUUUCGCUGACCUACUACACUGCUACGCACUACUUGCAGGGCGCUGCUCGGAACUCGACGUCAAUCGUGAAUGGUGGCCAGGUGCUGUAUGCUCAUGGGCAGUAUCAGGAUACGUGGAGCAAGCAGCAGGACGGCAGUUGGAAGAUUGUGAUUAGGAACUUGGUGUACAUGGUGAGUGGCCUCGAGAACGGCCAGUGA